UUUAAAUAAGCCACAAAUAAUGGGCAAUAAGUCAUCGCUCUUUCUGCGGCACGAGGAAAUUGCCCAAAUACAGAAUGAAACAGGCUUUACACCCAAUCAAAUUGAGCGCCUGUAUUCGCGUUUCACCUCGCUGGAUCGCAACGGCUGCGGCACACUAUCGCGAGAGGAUCUGAUGCGCAUACCCGAACUAGCCAUCAAUCCGCUCUGCGAGCGCAUUGUCCACUCCUUCUUUGCGGAGAGCACCGAUGAUCGGGUCAACUUUCGCCAGUUUAUGAAUGUGUUGGCCCACUUCCGGCCGCUGCGGGACAACAAGCAGAGCAAACUGAACAGCCGCGAGGAGAAGCUUAAGUUUGCAUUCAAAAUGUACGAUCUGGACGAUGAUGGUGUCAUUAGCCGGGAUGAGCUGCUGUCGAUAUUGCACAUGAUGGUUGGCGCGAACAUAAGUCAGGAUCAGUUGGUGAGCAUUGCGGAACGGACAAUACUGGAGGCGGAUCUGUGCUGUCAGGGCAAGAUCUCGUUCGAGGACUUUUGCAAGGCGCUGGAUCGCACCGAUGUCGAUCAGAAGAUGUCCAUACGGUUUCUUAAUUAGGCCUCAAUGAUAACAGAAACAGAAAACAAAUGUCUUAGUCAGUGUGAACCAAAUAGUUUAGUCAAAUUAAUAUCAAGUUCGAGGCAUAUUCACUUGUAUUAGUAAUUUAUAAACUAUAUUUAAUAUGAAGAUAUUAUUGUUGAUUGCUUUUACGCUAAUUUAUUGUAUGGAAAUUCUGGUUUAUUGCCGCUUUCAUUCCGCGCUCUCUUGAAAUAUUUGCAUUUUGUUAAUGGCCAGUCUACUAUAUUUAUUUACUUAAAUGAUUUGAUCACUUAUUUAGUUGCUUGAAUAAAUAAAUACGUGUAAAUA